AUGGUCGAUUUGAGAAAGUCGAACUCUUCUGGGCCUGUGAACAAGAAGCAGGGGUCCAUUCUGAGCUUCUUCAAGACACAGGAUGCAAAGGACAAAAAGGCGACUGAUGCAGGGGGGGAGGCGGCCAAAGAAAGCAAAAGCGAUGCAGAUAGGCAUGGAGCCGAGCAUCUCAGCGCGGCGAUGAGCACGCUGGACAAAUUUGCAGUCAAUGUUGGGAAGAGACCGGAGGGGGGAAAUGAAUCAGAGCGAAGCUCCGAAACGGAUAUCAACGCAGUGAAGGACUCAACUGAGAAUAAGCAGAAUGGAUGCACCCCGCGAAGCCCAGAAGCCAACCUGUUCUCCGAUGAGAGCCAAGAUGUGAACAGGAGCUCGGUUAAAAGCUCAUUGGAAAAAAAAGAAAUCGCAAUGAAGGAGAGUUACGAUAAGGAAUAUACAGACAACGCGGAAUUGAGCACCGACGAAGACAUCAUCGUGAGGAAGAAGCGAAAGGUUAUAAUCGAUUCGUCAAGUGAAGACGUAUAUGUCGAGUCUAAUGGGAGAAGUGAAGAUAAUGGAAUGAACCAAAAAAAGGAGAUCCCCCCAGCAAAUUCAGGGGUUGGCGUGGAUGGGAAGUUAAGCAACCUCGUUUAUGAGCCGAGUAAGAAUAUCACGACGGAGGAAACGUUAUUCACCAAAGAGAAAAACACAAAGGAGAUUAUGAACAUUCACCGUCGAAAGGAAGAAGAUGGAAAGAAAUCUCAAGAAUUGGACACACUAAGGAAUAGAUUUCUAGGCCUGCCAAUAUGUCUGACGAAUGAUAAAUUCAGACUGUACAUAGAACAUUACUUUCUCUAUUGCAAUACGUUUGAAUUUCCUAAAUGGAUCCAACCAAAAUACAUCCGUGAUCUGAAUUUAAGGACCCCAGACAAUCCGGAUUAUGACUGUUCAACUAUUUGGACCCCCCCACCAGAUCACCCCUGGGCGGUGGAGUACAAAAAUGCUCAUUACACCCCAGGGAUGCAACAGUUUUGGAAAAUAAAAUCGAAAAAUUUCGAUAAGAUAAUAUUUUUUAAGAUGGGAAGAUUUUAUGAAAUAUUCUACAUCGAUGCUUGUCUGAUGCAUACCAUUUGUGGAUUGAAUUGGAUGGGUGGGGAACAGAAACCUCACUUGGGAUUUCCAGAGCAAUCUAUUCAUCUGUAUGCGAAGAGGGUUAUCAACAGUGGGCACAAGGUGGUCGUAAUUGAACAAAUGGAGACCCCUAAAGAAUUGGAGCAACGCAAUAAAGAAACCAGCGGUCCGAAGGAUAAAGCUAUUAAGAGGGAGAUUAAUGAAAUUUUUACAAAGGGGACCAUUCUUCAUGAUAAUAUGCUCAGUUCAGAGACAAGGUACUUGGUUUGCUUUCACUUUGACGAUAUAGAAGAUUUCGAUGACCAAGUGGUGGAUUCUGCCAAUACGGGGGUAAGCAAUCUCGCAGUUUCCUCAUCUGACAAUAACGACCGUUCAAUGAAGAGCAAAUGCAAUUUCGGCUUCGUCGUGAGCGACAUCGCCACAUCGUACAUCGCUGUAGGGUAUUGUAACGACGAUGAGUCACGUAUCGAACUGAGGACAAUCCUGGCGCAGCUAUGCCCGGCGGAGAUUCUCUAUGCUUCCAAAAACAUCAAUAAGGAGGUGCUGUCUAUCUUCAAAAAUAUGGCAGCCGAACCAGAACUGACCGCUGUGAGUUCCUUUCCUAAUAUCAUUGCCUCUUUAGAUGAGAUAAGGAAAUAUUUUGAGACCAUGCCCCCAAGUUUAGAAAUGCAUAAAGAAGAAAACAGUGUGAUCUGUGCAUUUGGUGGGUUCAUCGUUUAUCUGAGGUCACUUCUACUCGACAAGAAGAUCUUUUCCUUCUGCAAAAUUGAGCAUUAUGAUCUUUUUAAGAAAGAAAAUUAUAUGGUUCUAGAUGCAACGGCAUUGAAACAUUUAGAAAUAUUGGAAACACAAUCCGGGGAAACGAAAAAUUCUCUUUUCGAUUAUGUGAACAAAACGUGCACUAAUUUUGGAGCGAGGAAUAUGAGGCGAUGGAUCUGCAGCCCACUGCUCGACUGCACCAAGAUAAAUGAGCGACUGGACGUGGUAAUGUUUUUAAAAAAAAACGAGCAUAUCUUAUCCCUGAUCCGAUUGAAGUUGAAGAAGCUACCCGACAUAGAAAGACUGCUGAACAAAAUCUGUAUUCAAGCUUCUCAGAGCGAACGAGGAGCUGUCUUUUUCGAUAACAUAGUUAGCACAAAGCUGAGAGAAUUCAUGACCUUCCUAGACGCCUUCAAAGAAAUCGGAAGUAUGCUAAUCGAAAUUAACACCAUUGAAAGAGACGAAGAGGAGUUACCCAAGAGGCUCUUUGAAAUCAGUAACACCCCAGAUAGGAACAGUGCUGCGAAGAAUGUGCAAGGGAGCUACCCAAACAUAGAGCAGAUAACCUUGGAGUUUUUAGAAAAAAUUGAAUUCGAUGGAGACAAGGAAUAUAAGCCAGCAGAAGGGUCCGACGAAGCCAUUGAUCUUAUUAAUAACAAAGAGAAGGAAGUGGAAGGUGAACUCAACAAUAUCUUAACAGGCUUGAAAAGGAGCUUGAAAAUUCCCUCACUCAAAUAUGUUCAUGCGAAAUAUAAGUACGAGGUGGAGUGCCCGGAGAAUGUGCCCAAAACGUUUCUGAAGCAUGUCGAGAUCACUUCGGCUAAGAAAGGGUUCAUUCGAUUUCAAAAUGAUAAAAUAAAGCAAUGCGUUGAGAUGCUGGAAGAUAUAGAGCAGGAAAAGAAGGACGCCAUUUAUCCCUUCUUUAAGAAGAUGUUUCACUUGUUCUAUGCUCAUUAUGACAAAUACGUCUCUGCGUGCAGACUGGUGUCCGAGCUGGACUGCUUGCAGGCCUUUGCCUUCGUGGCGCUCAACACACCCUUUUCCCUCACGCGCCCGAUUCUGCACCCGAUGAGGCGAAGCGAAAACGACCAGGAUGGUAGCAACAACACAGGAGAGAUCAGCCAAAGCAGUAGGAGCGAUCUAAGCGGAGUGAAAGGCAACGCGCCGACCCACGAGAACCAGCCCUUCCUCAUCCUCGAAAAUAAUAUUCACCCCGUGGUGGCUACCCUCAUGCCCAACUUUAUCUCGAAUAACAUAUACAUGGGGUGCAAACAGGAGAAUCAGUCUACGCUCCUGCUGACGGGUCCCAAUAUGGGAGGAAAGAGCACUCUCCUAAGGCAGACAGCCAUUUCCGUGAUUCUAGCCCAAAUAGGAGCCUUGGUGCCAUCCACCUACUGCGAACUGACUGUAGUAGACAAAAUUUUUACUCGACUAGGAUCUAGUGAUAAUCUUUUCGAAGGGAAAAGUACCUUCCUCGUUGAGCUGGAAGAUAUUUCUAACAUGUUAAAGCAGAGCACAAAAUACAGUUUAGCCAUUCUGGACGAACUGGGAAGAGGAACUUCUUCCUUUGACGGCACCGCCAUUGCCCUUUCGACUCUAGAACAAAUUUCAGACGUGGUCAAAUGCAGGUGCAUAUUCUCCACCCAUUACCAUCUUCUAGUAGAGGAAGUCAAACAUAACACAAAAAUCUCAAACUAUCACAUGAGCCUAAGCAUAGACGACCAUCAGGAGAAAAUCAUUUUCUUGUAUAAAUUUAUUAAGGGAGUCUGUCCCAAGUCCUUUGGCAUUCACAUUGCUAAGUUAGCUGGCCUCCCCAAAGAAAUCAUCGAUUUAGCGCAUGAGAAGUCUACCCUCUUUGAGAACGUAACGGAUGAAUUCUGCAAAAUCAUAAAGUAUAAGAAUAUUAUGCGCUCCCUGCUCAGUGCCCCCGAUGGGGAAAAUCUGGCUGCCCUCUUCCGCAGGUACCGAGCCGAGUUCGCCUCCUGA